AUGGCUCUCCCGCCCAAGCUCUACCAGUGGCUGGUGGGCGUCUUCGCCUCCCUAGGGUCCCUCACCUAUGGCUACGAUCUCGGCGUCAUCGCUCAGGUCAUCGCUGCGAAUUCCUUCACUUCCAAGUUCGGAAACGAUCCGGCCAAGAUUGGCGCCGUCGUCUCCGUUUUCACGGGCGGUGCCUUCUUUGGCGCCAUGUCCGCCGCUCCCCUCGGCGACAAGCUCGGCCGCAAAUGGGCCAUCUUGAUAGGAUCCGUCGUCUUCCUCCUCGGCGGUAUUCUCCAGACCUGCGCCCAGAACAUUGCCUACAUGAUGGCGGGGAGAGCUAUUGCCGGUCUCGGAGUGGGCGGCAUGGUCAUGAUCAUCCCCAUCUACCAGGCAGAGCUGUGCCAUCCCAGCAUCCGAGGGACAGUCACAUCUCUCCAGCAGUUCAUGUUGGGCAUUGGCGCUCUUUCUGCCGCAUGGAUCUCCUACGGCGCGGACAUUGGAAUCGCCGAUAACCUAGAACGGCAGUGGAGGAUCCCUCUGGCCAUCCAAAACAUACCCGCCGCGAUCCUGGGCCUGCUCAUCCUCCUCUUCCCCGAGUCGCCGCGCUGGCUCAUCGACCACAACCGCGCCGACGAGGGCCUCAAGACGCUGGCCAAGCUGCACGCCCACGGCGACGUCAACGACGCCUGGGUCCAGGCCGAGUUUGCCCAGAUCCAGGAAUCCAUCAUCUUGGAGCACGAGUCCUCCGCCAAGUCCUACUCGGAGCUCUUUACCGAUCGGUCUUGCCUUCGCCGCCUGUGGAUCGCUUGCUCCGUCCAGGCCUCCAUCCAGAUGACGGGCGUCGCCGCGAUCCAGUACUAUUCCGUCGCCAUUUACGAAAAGAUUGGCAUUUCCGGCAGCGAUACCCUCCGCUACCAGGCCAUUUCCAACAUCUUUGCCCUCGUCGCGCAGGGGCUUUGCAUGGCGCUCGUGGACAGGACGGGUCGCAGGUGGCCCCUGAUCCUCGGCAACGCGGGCAACUGCAUCUCCUUCAUCGUCACCACAUGCCUUCUCGCCAUCUUCCCUCCCGGCGAGGGCAUCACCAACGCGUCGGCCAGCUGGGCCUUUAUCGUCAUGACUUGGCUCUACAACUUUUGCUUUAGCGCCACGUGCGGUCCUCUAUCCUGGAUCAUUCCCGCGGAAAUUUUCGAUACCAAGACCCGCGCCAAGGGCGUUUCCAUCGCCACAAUGGUCAACACUGCCUUCAACUGUAUGAUUGCGCAGACAACCUCUGUUGCCCUCGACGACAAGACGGGCAUCGGCUGGCGAUGGUAUAUCCUCUUUAUUGUAUGCAACUUUACAAACGCCAUCUACUUUUGGUGCUUCCUUCCCGAGACAGCCAAGAGGCCCUUGGAAGAGAUGAGGUAUCUGUUUACCGACGCUCCUAUCUUUGUGCCUACCAUGAAGAACGAUGCGGUCAGGUCUGGCGAUCUUGAGAGGAGGCUUCAGGAAGUUGAGAGGAAGCAGGAUGUGGAAGAGAAGGAGCUGUAA